CGCAGCGAGUGCAGCUGACCGGAAACGUACUCCGGUUCCAUUUCCGCCACUGCGGCUGCGGCGAGGUUGGUGACUUGUGCGCAUCGGGACUCCUCCCCGCCGGCGGAGCAGCGGAGGCCUCAGGCUUGUGAGUCUGUACGGCUCAAUGCGGUGCGGUGCUAGCCAAGGUCAAGGCCAUCAUCACCUGGGAUUGAAAAUCAAGUGGGUGUGACGAGAAGAUGCUGAAGAAACUGCUAUCAAAACCCAAGAGCAAGAAGAAGAAGGAGGCUGCCUCCUCUGCCCUCCCCACUUUGGAUAGGCUCCAUGAGAAAUGCUGGAGAAGAAAGAGUGUUUCCUUCAGAAAAAGGCCUCUGCAGAAGUUGAAAGGGCCAAGGACUAUACAAAAGCUAAGAACAAAAGUGCUGCAAUUCAGUGUCUGAAGAAAAAGAAGUUGUAUGAAACACAGAUUGAGCAGCUAUCAAACUUUCAGUUGCGAGUUCAUGAUCAGAUAAUAAUGCUUGAGAGUGCAAAGGCAACUACAGAUAUUGUUGAUGCUUUGAGGUCUGGAUCAUCUGCUGUCAAAGCUAUUCACCAGUCCGUGAGUAUUGAUGACAUCGAAAAUGCCAUUGGAGAAGCAAAUGAACAAACGGAAAAUAUGAGGCAGAUACAGGAGGCACUCGCAACACCAAUCGGUGCUUCUGCUGAUUUCGAUGAUGUACCGUGCAUCUGUUUUUUUUCUUUGUGGCAGGAUGAACUAGAAGCAGAGCUGGAAGAUCUUGAGGAGGAAGAGCUUGACAAUGAGCUGCCUGAGCCACCACAGCGGACAAGCAUGGAACCAUCAGCUAGAGCUACUACUUCUCAAAAACCAGCCAAUGAUUUGGCUGAACUGACCAAACUUCAAGCAGAGAUGGCACUUUAACCUCAGUUUGGACUCGGAGUUGUCUGUAUUUUACUGACAUCCUGCUGUGUAGUGUACUCGUUUUUAACAUGUUGUAAAUUCAGUUUGUUGUAGAAAAAAAAACCCUUCCAUUUAUAACUGCAUUUCUUCUUUGUUGUUUGCUUGGUAUGUUGCUGGUGUUUUUAGCCUGGCAUACAAGCCCGACGCCAUAAAUAAAUU